AUGUUCUCCUCGUUUCCGACAUUCAUCGUCAUCGCAGCAAGCAUCGUCCAUGCUUCCAGCCCACCACCCUCCUGUCCCACGACUCUCGUUGUUCAGAAUGGACCCCAACUUAACGGGUGCACCUCCACGAAAUACGGCCACACAUCCACAUCAUCAGUCGACUGCGGAGGAUGCAGCUCUCUGGUGACGAGCACUACUUAUAAUCGUUUCUUCGGGCAUGGACCGGCGUGCGUGAAGUACCCGAUUCCUACGACUACGAAAGCGAGUGCGACUACGACCGUGACGAGCUGCGAGGUGACGCCGACGAAGUACUAG